AUGUGGUUCGACAAGGAUAACCGACUGAACGGCGACUUCAUCACGCUCCAGCAGUUCCCAGGGACCACCAGCUUCGACGACUUGAAGGUCGUGGCACCUGAGACCGUCGCAGAGGUGCCCAUCCAGAUCCCCUUGCCGAGCUUCCAAUCGAGGUUUGAGGGCUGCCCCCCUGGCACGUUUAACAACGGUACGUACAGCUGAGAAGUGUCGACUCUUCUGUUAUAGCUGCAGAUAGAAACACACUGUAUCGACGGCUCGUGUCUCCCCUUGGUUUGUCAUCUGUCGGUCUGCUUGCAGGGUUGGAGUGCCAAAACUGCUCGGCCAACACCUUCAACGACCGCAUGAAUGUCUCAGCGUGUGACUCGUGUCCCGCGGGGUCGGUCCAGCCCGCAGCGGCGGAGACGGCAUGCGAGUGCGCGAUAGGCUUCUACAGAGUAUACAGAGAGGGCUCGGCGAACUACACGGCCUGCCGAGCCCGCUCGACGACCAACACCACAGGAGCGACGUCCAUCCACCACUGCGAGUGCGAAGCGGGAUUCUACCUUCUGGCCGGGAGUAAGUACUGCCAGCCAAAGUAAGUACUCCCACGUGGCGAGACAUUGUAUGUGUGGUUGAGCACUAAGGGCCAUCUAUCUGUGUGUGCCUAGUGACGAGUCGUCCGCUCGUUCCUCAGCCAUGCUGCUCCCGUUGGUGCUGCUCCUGCCGUGUCUCGCCAUGCUCCUCCCUGCAGCGCAAGGGGUGGUCCACUGAUCAACUGAAGCGCACAAGCUUGACAGCAGGGGAAGGAGAGGGAGAGGGAGAUUGGGUGUGUGUACAAAGGCAUAGGUACACAGACAGAUGAAAGUGUGGCUGACUGACCGCUCAUGCAUAGGCACACGAACCGUGGUCCCUCGCAUGCCGGCCCAUCUGCCUGUUCUGACUGCAUUUAUUUAUGGAUUGUGUGUGGAUGUGGGUCUUUAUCUCGACCCUCUUGUGUGUCUGUCUGUCUGCUGAGUAGAUAACAGUGGUCUAAUUAGUACGGUAGACAUGGGUAGGGACCGGCACGCGGGUAGACAGACAGCGUGUUGCCACCGGUUGUAGCGAAUGUGUGAGGCCACCAAUAGCGUGGCCUGGAUGUAUUUUUCGUCCCUGUCUGUCGGUGUGCGUACUGGACAUAUCCAUCCAGGUGCGUGUUGGCCAACCAAUUCAUCCCCCGGUGGAUGCUUUUUGCGCACGUGUGUGUGGAUGGACGGACCAGCUACCGCUAGGCCGCUGUGUGUGUGUUGUGCAAGUGCCUGCGUUCAUGGCUGCCGGCUGUCCUGGGAAUCGGUUCUGUCUCGGAUGUAUGAGCGCCAUGUGUGACGGUGUGUGUGGCAAUUAAUUAUCUGCUG